AAUCCCUCCUGUGUCCAACACCUUAUCCCUCAAAGUAAUACCACAAACUACAAAACACAUAUAUUUCAACGAAAAUAUCGAUUUUUUUCGAGUUAGUAUCGAUCCAAUAGUGAUACUACCCCGGAUAUGGAUAUUUGUAUCGAAACCCAAGUUAACUCACCACAGCUCCCCCACAAGGCUGAUUGCUGACAUUCAGAAGCGACAUUAACUUCCUUAUGUAACCCCGCAGGAUAUGUAUAUUUACUUAAUUAACAACAAAGUAUCUAAUUGCGAUGAGUAUAGAAGUGGAGAGGAAGUUUAUAUGCAGUGCAAACACUCUGAAAACCCUACAAGAAAUUGGAGUUUGUGCCGGUCAGAGCAAGUUUCACGACCAGUACUUUGACACGCCACAAUUUCACCUCACUUUAAGAGACAUGUGGCUGCGUAAACGCAAAGGAUGCUGGGAGCUCAAGUGUCCAACCACAAGAGUAAAAGUAGCGGAGGAAUCUGAGGCGUCUGCGCUGUGUAGUCGCUACAAAGAGAUAACUAAUUUAAGCGAUAUUAAGCUGAAGCUGCAAGAGGUUCUAAAGGAUAUUGGAGAACAUGUGACCAGCACAAAACAGUCAUCCUCUGUGACCGAGAUGGACUCUGCACAAGACCAAUGUUGGACGAGGAGCAUGAAUCUGGUCAUCUUUGCAGAGUUUACAACAGUGAGGCAGACAUUCACUUUAGAAGAAUAUGGCGUGCAAGUGGAUCUCGACGAAGCAGACUUUGGCUACUGUGUGGGAGAGAUAGAGGCCCUCAUACCAGAGGGAGGAGAUAUGCAGGCCGCCAUGGACAAGAUUGAAAGAACAGCAAAGAAACUUGGUUUGACAGGCAAUCAGCGAGUUGAUGGGAAAAUGUCCGUUUAUCUUCAAGAACACUACCCAGAGCACUACGCAAGAUUACUGAGCGAACACAUUAUUUGAACGACUCACCACAGAUUCACACUGGCUGUCAUCCAUUUGAGUCUUUGUCCAAUACGGCGCAGAUGAGGGAGGAGCGAUUCCGUUCAGAGGAGUCAAGGGGUCAUUGUGUUGUCCCCAUUGCCAGUCAACGCACACCUUUGAUAGAGCAGGUAAUACAAAAACAUAGUCAUCAGCAGGGGAAUUAUUUAUUGUAUUAUUUAUGAAUAAAUUAAGAGUAAGCCAUUAAAUUUACACCGACUUUG